GGUUUCCUUCUUCUCAUUUUAUCAAUUCUGUACCUGGUGAAGACGUUCUAUUCACAAGUGACGGUGAAAUAUGAGAAAACAGAAACCAGGCGGAUUAUUCCGAGCAAAUCACCGUCAGUUCGGACGGUGACCAGUGAGAUAUCCACCCAGACAGAGAGGGAUAGUUACGUCAUAGGCUCUCACACCACGACGACCGAGGUCACAUCGGAGACCAGCUCUGGGGCCAGGGGAGGGCACUAACUCCUACGUCUAGUUAUCUCUAGUAAAGUGUUUAAUAAUUAUUUGAGUUUUCUCCCUUCGUAAUGAAAUUGUAUUUUGUUGUGAUAUGAUCGGUUUGUGGAUUUGGGAGAUCGAUUCUGAGUGAUGAUGACGUAAUUGACUUUAUAGGCAGGUCGAUAUUUAAUCUUCAGUUUCAGUGUAAUAAAUAUGAGUGAGUGAGUGAGUGAGUGAGUUCGAAUGUGUGUAAGUAUAUAUUAUGCGUGUAUGUAUGUGCAAGUGUAUUAUGCGCACGCGCGCAUGCAAGGCGCAUACGUUUGUGUGUGAGUGCAUGCAACAAGAGAGAGAGAAAGAAAAAGAUAUAGAGUCGUCUGUGUAUGCGUUUGUAUCCUCUUAGGUGCGCGCACACGCAUGCCUCUGAGCCGUAUUUCCGUGUGAAUAAAAUAUACUAUUUGUGUAGUUUUGCCGGACAUGCUCGCUCAAGCGGUUUCUUUCUAUUUUCCCCCGUGCUUUCCUUCCAUUUUCAUUUCUUUUCACAGGGCCACGUUUUCUGCCGUUAGCAUUACUGGAAGAAAGAUAUUGAUACUCCCUAUAAACUAUUGCAUGACCAAAAUGCGCCUGGUAGGACCGCACACUCACUCAAGAGCUCUUGUUUUCCUCGCUUCACAGCGCGGAGGUACGAUCACAAAUGGAGCAUCUUCGGGUGCGCGUGUAAAUCAUAGCUUGAAUCGCCUAAUCUGAUUAUAUCUCCUCACUGGCAGAAUAAUUCUUCAGAAUGUUUAGAAUGUUGUUAUAUUUUACUUUCAUGCUUCAUCAUUGCUCACACCAGCCUCAGAACUACAAACACUCACCCUCACCCCCUAUCCCGCCCUGCCCCACCCACCUACCCCACCUCAAGCUUGAGAAAAGAAGCCUUAAAAAACAAAAACAAAAUGGUUGACAUUUUAAAACAUUUUUUCCUCUUUUUCAUAAUUUUAGACGUUUACUUACCCCUGUCCAAUUGCAUUUAACGUAUGUGCACAGGUAUAAAUGUAUGGGUGAGAUUGUGUGUGUGUGUGUGUGUGUGUGUGUGUGUGUGUGUGUGUGUGUGUGUGUGUGUGUGUGUGUGUGUAUUUGUGAGAAUGCACGUGCAUGUGCACGUCCCUAUACAUUUAUAAAGUAUAUUUCAAUUCUAUUGUAAAAUUAAAAUGAGCAAUUAAUGUCUUCCACUGUACUGAAACCUAAAAUGUAUUAAUGUCACAAAUGACCUGCAUUUAUAACCUAACUCUCGCUUCAUAAUAAUAUAUUACAAUGUGACUCUUUUUCUUAAUUUGUUCCAUUACUUUUACUUCCUUUACAAUCAUUUGAAAUCGUGCUCCCGAAUUCGUUCAUUGUCCAUUUAUGUAUUCAUUAAUUCAAGUUAUGGACUGGCUUACUUUCUUAUGCGUGCGUUAUUACAGUAUUGUAAGCACCGAUUUAGUCACAGGGACAAAGGAACGUUGGUUGGUGAGUGCAGAAGCCACAAUAAAACGCAUACAUAUAGGGCAUGACGUUGAGAUUCACACAUGGA